AUGGAAUCUAGUCCUCGAACAGCUUCGAUCAUUGUUAAUGAUCUUGAACAACGUCUUAAAAAUCUUUAUACAACACGUGUACAUGAUGAAUUAACAUUAAAUAAUCUUGAAUCAUUACUUAAUGAAUGUUCAAAUCAAUUAAAUCGUCUUAUAUCUUCAUCAGAUUCAACAUUAGUUGCAAUUAUUCUUCCAUGUUUACUUCAUACAAUUAUAUCAUUAUCAAAAAUUUGUACAGAAAAAUCUGAUAUUAUUAUAUCAGGAUCAUUUUUAUCACGAGAUCAACUUAAUUUAUUAAUGACGACAACUAAAACAUUAUAUAAUCAAAUAAAAGAAUUUAUUAAAUCACCUAAUCUUUCGACAAUAUUAAGUAAAUCAACUGAACGAAGACAUUUUUGUGAACAAUUACGUCUUGUUACAGAUUCAAUUGCUAAUUCUGAUAUUGUAACAACAAUGUUUUGUCAAAAAUUAAUUGUUAAAAUAUUAACAGGUAGUGAUGAUCAACAACAAUUAUCACAAAUUCAAAUGGAAGAUACAAAUGAUGGUUUAAUAGUUGCUGUUUAUGGAAGUGUAUUACAACAAAUGAUUACUAUUUCUACAAAAAGUUCACGAGAUAAACCAGAUAAUAAUCGAGAAUCGGCAACGGUUAAAAUGUAUGGAUUAUAUUUUCAAAUGUUAAGUAGAUUAAUACAACAUAAUAAUACAAUAUCUGAAAUUGAAAAUUAUAAUGAUUUUUUUCGUACAAUGCUUCAUAUCCAUGCCUGUCUUGAAUCAACAUGUCAACAAAAUCGUUUUCAACUUGAAUUUUUUAAUAAUACAAUAGUUUUACAAGAAAUUCUUUAUAAUUUUAUAUCAUAUUCUUUAUCAAAAUCAAUGAAAUCAUUUUUUGAUGAAUUAUUUCAAGAAUUAUCAUUAAAUAAAAAUAAAUAUGCAUCAUUAAUAUUACUUUUUCGUAUUAUUGAAACAUUUGAUUUAAUUUUAACAAAACAAUCUUAUGAUUUAUCAAUACAUUUAAUGAAUCUUCUAAUUACCCAAUUAUUUAAUUUAAUUGAUCAAUGUCGUGUACAACUUAUUUUACCAGCACUUCUUCCAAUUUCAUUUACUAAAACUCAAGUUGAAUAUGGUAGUCUAUAUGAUAUAACCUAUUCACUUCUAAUGAAACUUUUUAAUCAUGAACCGAUGCAAACAGUUCUCUCAUCAAUGAAUCAACUUGUACAAUUAUCUGAUGAGAAUAAUUCUUCAAUACUUUCAACAUCUAUACAAUUAUCUAGUGAAUUAAUUAUUCAAUGUUGGUUUUUAUAUAAUCAAUCAGUACAAUUUCAAUAUCUUUAUGGUUUAUUUCUUAGUGAACUUCUUCAGCUUGAUGUACACUCAAAUUUAAUAAAUCAUUUAUUAACAAUGCCUAAUAUACGUCAAGUUAAAUUUUAUGCUUAUGAAGCAAUAAUAUCAUCAAAUACAUUUCAACAUAUUUAUAAUUUCUAUUCAAAUAUUUAUUCAACAAAAGAAUCAAUUAUUAAUUCAACAAAUCUUUCAUUAAUAUAUCCAACAAAUAUCAAUCAUCUCUAUUCAUUUAUACGUUUAUUUAAUACAGAAUUGAAUUUAAACCAAAUUCAACAUACAAUUGAUACAUGUAUUUAUUCUAUUCAACAAUUUCUUUCAUUACCAUUUAUAACAGAAUCAACAUGUCGAAAUUUUAUUAUUAUUUUACGUUUAUUAACAUAUUUAACAAAUAAUAAUAAUAUGAAUGAAAAUUUAAAAUGUUUACUUGGUCAAUUAACACAAAUAUUUAUUAUACUUGAUGAACAAACAGCAAUUGAUGUACGAUUAGAAUUAUUACAUGUCUUUGCUAUACAUUCAAAUAUACUUGAUGAUAAUGAUCUUGGUAGAUUACUUGAUUUUAUGUUAACAAAUUCAAUUGAUUCAAAUCCAAAUUCAAUUGCUUUUCAUAUUGGAUGUUUAGAUGUAGUCGAUUCAUUACGACAAAGACAAUCACGUAGUAAUAAUAUAACAGAUCUUAUUAUUCAAUUGAUUGUACGAUAUGGAAAUGAACAUCAAUGUAGUAAUUUACUUAAAGCUCAUCUUAUGAAAAUCUUCCUAGCAUAUAUAUCUAAUGGCAAUGAUGAUUCAUUACCAAUGAAAGUUAAAUCUCAAUGUAUAUUAUUACGUGCUAGUAUUGAUGAAUUUGAAAAAAGUAAAAAAACUGUAGGAACAACAAAUAAUCGUUUUCCAGAUGAAAAUGUAUUGAAAGUACUUGAUUCAAAUCAUUCAGCAAUACCCAAAGAGUUAGUAACACAAGAUCAUGAUAUACAAUUAAAAUUUUAUCAAACAAUUAUCAAUGAACUUGAAUUUCAACAAUGUUCAUUAUCAACACAAAAUCUUAAUGCAAUGCAACAAGAUUAA